UUAGAAGAGAGUCGGCGUGCGAGAGUUAUCGGGGACGAAAAGGUCGACAUCUUGUUUGCACGGGGAGGCCGGAGAAAAUCUGCAAAAUGUCUCUGUUCUCGGCUCGAUUAGCCAGUUUCGUUAUAAAACAAUUACCCAAAAACGUUCCGAAGAUACCACCUAAAUUUUUACCAUGCGCUUCAGUUGGAACGAGAAAUUUCUCAACUACAAAAUAUGCUGCUGCGGGUCCAGGUUCUGCAGAAGUUUCUUCCAUCCUGGAGGAAAGAAUUUUAGGCCAAGCUCCUACUGCUGAGUUGGAAGAAACCGGACGAGUGCUGUCUAUCGGUGACGGGAUUGCUCGUGUCUAUGGCUUGAAGAAUAUUCAAGCUGAAGAGAUGGUUGAAUUCUCGAGUGGAUUAAAGGGAAUGGCUUUGAAUUUGGAACCUGAUAAUGUCGGUAUUGUAGUGUUUGGUAACGAUAAACUUAUUAAAGAAGGUGAUAUUGUAAAAAGAACCGGAGCAAUUGUAGAUGUUCCAAUAGGAGCAGAAAUUUUAGGAAGAGUUGUAGAUGCCUUGGGAAAUCCUAUUGAUGGCAAGGGGCCACUUAAUGCAAAGUCUAGGGCAAGAGUAGGAGUAAAGGCUCCGGGUAUUAUUCCUCGUAUUUCUGUCAGAGAACCAAUGUUGACGGGCAUCAAAGCUGUAGACAGUCUAGUACCCAUAGGACGUGGUCAGCGUGAAUUGAUUAUUGGAGAUCGGCAGACGGGAAAAACGGCUAUUGCCAUUGAUACUAUCAUCAACCAGAAAAAUUUUAAUGAAGGCACUGACGAGAAAAAGAAAUUAUAUUGUAUAUAUGUUGCUAUUGGUCAGAAAAGAAGUACUGUAGCACAGAUAGUUAAGAGACUUACAGACUCUGAUGCUAUGAAAUAUACCAUUGUUGUCAGUGCAACUGCUUCCGAUGCUGCUCCUUUACAAUAUCUUGCUCCAUAUUCUGGAUGUGCCAUGGGUGAAUAUUUCAGAGAUAAUGGAAUGCAUGCACUUAUCAUUUAUGAUGAUUUGUCUAAACAGGCUGUAGCCUACAGACAGAUGUCCCUAUUGCUUCGACGUCCACCCGGUCGUGAAGCUUAUCCAGGAGAUGUAUUUUAUCUUCAUUCGAGAUUACUAGAGAGAGCUGCCAAAAUGAAUGAGCAGUUUAAAGGCGGUUCACUUACUGCGUUGCCUGUCAUCGAAACUCAGGCCGGAGACGUUUCGGCAUACAUUCCCACAAAUGUAAUUUCUAUUACCGACGGACAGAUCUUUUUAGAAACAGAGCUCUUUUACAAAGGUAUCCGACCGGCCAUCAAUGUCGGUUUGUCCGUCAGUCGGGUAGGAUCUGCCGCUCAAACUAAAGCUAUGAAACAGGUUGCAGGUUCCAUGAAAUUAGAAUUGGCUCAAUAUCGAGAAGUGGCCGCCUUUGCCCAGUUCGGUUCCGACUUGGAUGCCGCUACACAACAGCUACUGAAUCGGGGCGUUCGUCUGACUGAACUGCUAAAACAAGGACAAUACACUCCGAUGCCCAUUGAAGAUCAAGUGGCAGUAAUUUACACUGGUGUGCGAGGUUAUCUGGACAAACUGGAUCCCUCCAAGAUCCAGAAAUUUGAGAACGAAUUUCUGCAACACAUCCGUACUUCUCACCAAGAUUUGUUGAAGACCAUUUCCACGGAAGGAAAGAUAAGCGACGAAACAGAUGCCAAGAUGAAGAAGAUCGUUACGGAUUUCUUAGCCACUUUCCAAGCUUAGAAUAAAAUAAUUAAUAGUAUUUACAAAAACAGUAAUGAAAAUGAUCUGUAAAAAAUUAGCAAUUACUUUUCUUAAAGAUUCCAAUAGUUAGAGACUGGUUAAAAUGGAAAGAGUCUGGUGUCUUUAAAGGAACAUAGAUGGUUAUUAACAAGACCACCCAUGCUUGUAAUACAACGUGAAUAAAGUGUUCUUUGUUA